AUGUUCACUUUGCGGGCAGCAGUUAUGUGGACUGUGAAUGGUUUUCCCGCAUAUGCAAUAGUUUCUGGGUGGAGCACAAAGGGUUAUAUGGCAUGCCCUGACCACGAGUGGUGGGAAAAAGAUAAAGAGUUUUACGGGAACACAGAGCAUCGCCUCAGACCUAGAGAAUGGUCCGGUGAUGAGAUAUUGGAACAACUUAACCGUUUGGAUUUUUCUCCAUUCGGGAAAACAGUUACUUAG